GCGCGGACGUCACGUGGUGCGGCGUGGCCCGCUGCCGUGGAGACGCGGCGCACGAGCUCCCGGCCGGAACUGCGGUGCUGGGGCGGCGCCCCGCGGCCCGGGAAGGGGCUGCCCGGGGAUCUCCAUGCUGUCAGCUCGGGGGCUGGGCGGCCUGGGGGCCCGCGCGGCGGCUCUCGCGUCCGGGCUCCGCGCUCGGAGGGUCAGCACCAGCUGGUCGCCCGUGGGCGCCGCCUUCAAUGUCAAGCCCCACGGCCGCCGCCUGGACCUGUUCGGCGAGCGCCGGGGUCUUUUCGGAGUUCCCGAGCUCAGCGCCCCGGAAGGAUUUCGUGUCGCUCAGGAGGAGGCCCUGAGGAAGGCGGACUUGCUGGUGGAGCGCGUGUGCUCCACGCCCCCGGGGCCGCGGACCGUGCUCAUCUUUGACGAGCUCUCCGACUGCUUGUGCAGGGUGGCUGACCUGGCUGAUUUUGUGAAAAUUGCUCACCCUGAGCCAGCAUUCAGAGAGGCGGCUGAAGAAGCGUGUAGAAGUAUCGGCACCGUGGUAGAGAAGUUGAACACAAAUGUGGAAUUGUAUCAAAGUUUGCAAAAAUUACUAGCUGAUAAAAAACUUGUGGAUUCCCUUGAUCCAGAAACCAGGCGAGUGGCUGAACUGUUCAUGUUUGAUUUUGAAAUCAGUGGAAUCCAUCUAGACAAAGAAAAGCGUAAAACAGCAGUGGCCCUGAAUGUUAAAAUCUUGGAUUUGAGCAGUAAGUUUCUUAUGGGAACCAACUUUCCCAUCAAGAUUGAGAAGCAUCUCUUACCAGAACACAUUCACCAUAAUUUUGUGCUCGCUGGUGAUCAUGUACUAAUUGAUGGUCUGCAUGCAGAAGCAUCAGAUGACUUGGUACGAGAAGCUGCUUAUAAAACUUUUCUUUAUCCCAGUGCUGGUCAAUUGAAAUGUUUAGAGGAAUUGCUCCACAAUAGGAAUCUUCUGGCAAAACUAGUAGGGUAUUCCACAUAUUCCCACAGAGCUCUCCAAGGAACAAUAGCUAAAAAUCCAGAGACUGUCAUGCAGUUCCUUGAAAAACUAUCAGACAAACUUUCAGAAAGAACUAUGAAAGAUUUUGAGAUGAUACGAGGGAUGAAAAUGAAGCUAAAUCCUCAAAAUUCUGUAAGACGGGGCAGGAUUGUUGGGUUUGUCUACACCAUUCGUCUGUACGUGCUGCUGUUGGUGAGUCUUGAUUUGGUGGUGGCUGCCAGAGCCAUAGUCAUAGGCAAGGUUUUGGGUGAGUGA